CCGCACGUUCGCCUCACAUGUGCAUAUAUUGUGAGAAAUACUAGUGAAAAUAAACUGGCUGCUGCAGAAGUGCUUUGAUCUAUUUGUAGAACCUCUUCACACCAGAAGUCGACAUCGAUCUCGCAGUUUCACACCUCACCUUCGACUGCGAUCUCACACCCAACGAAUCUGCAAGCAAGCACAAUAAAACCCAAAUUCUUGACCCCACCGGUUCAUCCAGAUUGCACGGUGCUACAGCUGCUCCACACUUUACCCGAGCUCUACCCAAGCUUUGACACCAUCGCAAGCAUGUCCUUGCACGCCCGCCAACCCACCCUCCUCCGCAUGGUCAUGAACCCGUCCUGCGACUCAGCACCCUCCACACCCACAAAGGCUUCCACAACCCCGACGUCAUUAGACACAAGCCCGAAUAGGACAGAGCUCGAACCCACGCCACUCCUCCUCGCGCUCGACAUGGUCGCUGAGCGCAAGCGUCUGCGGAGCCGGAAGGACUCAAUUCUGACGGGCGCUGAAGAGACCCAUGUGGAGGACCAGAAGGAGGAGGUUGAUCAGGAGAGGAAGAUUGAGAUGAUGGAAGAGGAUUUGGGUGACGGGAAAGAGGUCAUUAUUCCGGUGAAGGAGGACCUAAAUCAGCUUGCGAUUUUGGGGCAGAUCAUCAAUAGCGGAUUCUGGAAUGGGGUCGAGGGGGUGAGGAAGGGUGUUUGGGGGCUUGUUGGGUGGACCUAAGUGGUGUCGUUGAGCACUUACGGAUGGACGCUCCAUGUAUUUGGGAAGACAACGACACAAAGCAUAAUUGCAUAGGACAUGACGUUAAGGAUAAGAUUUGG